CACCAACCCCCUCCGCGGCUCUUUCACGCUUCAUUCACAUCGUCUUGCUCUGCUAUAUCUUCUUAGGAAUCCAUCCCAGCUCCGAAGUCCAUAUCUGCGAUCUCGUCGACCCCUGAUGUUUCGCGUUAUGCUAUAACUUUCCAGCUGCAGCCCGGGGACGAUCCCUUCGCAUCAAUCAUGAUAUCUCAUCUCCAUAGCGCAUAGCUUUGGGCCUUGACUCUGACCGCAAUGUCGAAUCUAGAUCAGCUUGUAAAGGGCGCCCCUCCUCCUGGGAGCCACUAUAGCAUCCCAACCACCAGUCCCAUCGAAUCACCCGACAAUCCAAAUCCUUCUUUGUCGGAUCCUCUAGCUUCCCUACCCUCGUCGCCUCCGCAGAUAUACUUGAACCUGUUGAUCCUCGAAGCUUCUUUGCGCGCUCAAUGGCUCCAGCUGCGGACGAGACGACGACAACAUACCUUCUUCCUAACCCUGCUUGGACUAUGGAUUCUCUACUUCGGAUACGCCUUGUUCCUCGCACCGAGGGAGGAUGGUAGCGGCGUUGGUGGCUCCGUAUACUGGGUCGUUGAAGUUACAGAGAGGGUCUGCUUCAUGGGCGGAAUCGUGACAGGAAUAUUAGUAUGGGGAACCGGGCAGUGGGAACGAGGCAUUCGUUGGCCAAGGCGAUGGGUGUGGACGACAAACAGAGGCUUAAGAGGUUUCAACUGCAAGCUAGUAGUCAUCAAACAAUCCUGGUGGAGGGAAAUCCUGUCCACGUUGUCUUUUCUCCUCUCAUACGGCUUGUUUUCCAGAAACAGCGGGAGUUCAUAUCGAUAUGUGGAUCAGUCGCUUUUGCUGGAAUCUGAGAAGGCAUCACGCAGCGGAGGGCACCAUGCGCUACCGAAUAUACAUGAGGACGACGUAACAGCGGGUUACGAGGAAGAUCUUGCGCCAGGGGGGGAUCAUAUUAAGCUUCUACUGCUUCCGAAGCCUUUCUCCCCCAACUUCCGCGAGAAUUGGGAUAUAUACCGAACAGAAUAUUGGGAGAAAGAAAAUGAGCGUCGUGCUAUACUACGAAAGAAGAUCAAGGAUCGGGAAAGAAAGCUCAUGAAGCAACAAGGAGGAUGGCUAUGGUGGCUGGGUUUCCGUGGUUGGAACCGACGUAACGUCCAUGAUAUCGAGAAGACGCACCCCCCUCACCGUCAGGGGACCAUUCAUAAGGAUCACAAACGCACUCAGAGUCUGAAUACUCGCUCUGGAUCCCAUUCUAGGACUUCCUCUCGAAGCACCACCCCACCUACAGAGCAAGAGAUUGCUUCCCCGGGUCGCCGUGGGAGCACCGCGUCGAGUGCAUCUGAGCGAAGAAAGAAGAAGGCGACAUCGGGAAGUAAAGUCCAAAGGCUCACUCCCUCUGGGACGCCCUCAGCAGCUCCGGAAGUACAGUCUCCCCUUGCAAGGCAGAAUAGCUUCACGAGUGUGUCUUCCGCGGAUAGUGAGCGUUCUUCAACGGCUGUGACAGGAGAUGGUGAUUCGGUUAGAUCUCUGAGGUCUUCUGCCCGACCUGGAGGAAGUCCAGAACGUAAACCUGGGUCAGGAAAAGCAGCGAAAAGUAUUUAGAAUAGCAAAUCGAGGUCAACAUUACCGUAGUCCUGAUAUAUUACGUUCAUAGCAAUGGCCAG